AUGGCCAUUCACACUUUAAAUCCAUCCUGUCAGCCACUGCGCGUAUCUGGCGAUGCUAUCGUCAACGCCGCUGGUGAGCGUAUUGUGCUGAAGGGUACAGCUCUGGGUGGUUAUCUCAACAUGGAGAACUUUAUUACUGGCUAUCCAGGCCAUGAACACGAGCAUCGAGCUGCACUUGCUUCAGUUCUGGGCAAGGAAAAGGCACAGUUCUUCUUCGAUAGGUUAUUACACUACUUCUUUACUGAAGCUGAUGCGAAGUUUUUCGCGUCGCUGGGCAUGAACUGCAUACGCCUACCGUUCAACUACCGCCACUUCAUCGAUGACCAGGAUCCGACGUCCUUCAAGAAAGAGGGGUUUGAUCUUAUGGACCGUGUCAUCAACAUUUGUACAAGAUACAACCUGUACGUUGUCCUGGAUCUUCACGCCGCGCCAGGUGGUCAGAACCAAGAUUGGCACUCUGAUAGCGGGCUCAACAAGGCCAUGUUCUGGGAGUUCCGCGUGUUCCAAGAUCAGGCAAUUGAGCUUUGGAAAGCUAUCGCAACGCGCUACAAGGGCAACCCAGUAGUAUGUGGCUACAAUCUACUUAACGAGCCGGCAGACCCUGAGCACGUUCGUUUGAUUUCGUGGUACGAGCGUGCAGAAAAGGCCAUCAGAGCUGUAGACCCAGACACUAUGCUCUUCAUCGACGGCAACACAUACGCAAUGGACUUCACAUAUUUCCAAAACGUCCUGCCCAAUGCCGUCUACGCAUGCCACGACUACGCGAUGUUCGGGUUCCCAAUCCCCGGGCAGCCUUUAUAUUCUGGUAGCGACGACCACAAGGGCAAACUCAAGCGGCAAUUCGACCGGAAAGCGCUCUUCAUGCGAGAGAAGAAGGUGCCCAUCUGGAACGGAGAAUUCGGUCCCGUGUAUGCCAACGAGAGUGUCGACCCCGAGGCAGAGAAGGUCAACAACGCGCGCUAUCACAUGCUGCAAGACCAGCUUAACAUCUAUGACCAAGACAAGGUCAGCUGGAGUAUCUGGUUGUACAAAGACAUUGGCUACCAGGGCAUGGUCUACGUCAACCCGGACACACCAUACAUGAAGCUCAUCGCGCCUUUCGUAGCGAAGAAGCAGAAGCUAGCACUCGACUUCUGGGGCUGUGUAGACAAAGAGAGUGUCAAGGAUGUGUACGCUCCGUUCAUCGAAGGCUUGAAAAAGAUGGUGCCUGAGCACAUCCAGAAGAAGAAGUAUCCACAUAUCUGGACAUUCGAUAGGCAGGUGGAAAGGGCGGUCAGGGAGUGUCUGAUGAGCGAGUAUCUGGGAUGGGAAUUUGCGGAGCUGUUUGAGGGGAAGACGGAAGCGGAGCUGGAGGAGUUGGCGAGGAGCUUCGCUUUUGAGAAUUGCAUCAAGCGGGAUGGGUUGAAUCGGAUUUUGGAGGAAGAUGGUAGGAAUUCUGCGAAAUGA